CUGUGAAUCCUUUCAUUCGUUCACCGCGGCCGCAGCGCGAGAGAGAGAGAGAGAGAGAGAGAGAGAGAGAGAGCGAGAGAUGGGGCGAAGGAUCCUGAACGAGGCUUUGAGGACCAUAGUCAAUGCGGAAAGGAGAGGCAAGGCCACCGCCAACCUGCAGCCAGUCUCCACAGUCAUGGCCUCCUUCCUCCAAAUUAUGAAAUUUCGAGGUUACAUCAAAGAUUUCCAGGUGUUUGAUCCUCAUAGAGUGGGAAGGAUUACUGUGCAAUUGCAAGGAAGGGUAAAUGAUUGCAAAGCUCUUACCUAUAGGCAGGAUAUCAAAGCAAAGGACAUUGAAGAGUAUAGGAUUCGAACCUUGCCCACACGCCAAUGGGGUUACGUUGUGAUCACCACUCCCAAUGGUGUCUUAGAUCAUGAGGAAGCAAUCAAGCAAAAUGUGGGCGGGCAGGUUCUUGGCUAUUUUCAUUGAUAAAGUUUAGAUAUGAGAGGUGUUACUUCAUGCAUGCUUUGAGAAGAAUUCUUGAUGUUUUUACUCAAAAUUUCAGGCUAUAUAUCUCCUGCAUUAUUAUGUACUGUGGAGAUGUGUCCCUCUGUUAUGUGUAGGUUUUUGUUUCUUGUAGUGAUAAACCAAGAAGAACAUAAUGAUUAUUACCAUCAUUUGAGACA